AUGACUUCCCCAACAUUAUUUAGAAAACUUCAAGAAUACGAAACAGAACUCGGAAGACUUCAAAAGCAUGAAAGUUUAGAUUCAAAAUCCAAAGGCAUUGCUUUGAAAGUAGAUUCUAUAAACGAUGAUCCACCGAUGGAAGAUGAAAAUUUCAUGCUCCUUGUUAAACAACUUGGUAAGUUCUUUGGUAAAAAUAAUAAAUCAUCUCAUGUAAAAAGAAAGAACCACUUCAAGAAAAAGGAGGCUUCCACUUCAACACAAGAUGUCACAUGUUAUGAAUGUGGUAAAAAAGGUCAUAUAAAACCAGAUUGUCCAAAACUCUCCAAGAAUGGUGGUGUCAAAGGCAAAAAGGAAUUCAAGAAUAAAAAGGCCUAUGUUGCAUGGGAAGAUAAUGAGAUAAGUUCAUCAUCCGAUUCGGAUAGCGACGAAAGUAUGCUUGAAGACCACAUCAAAUCAAUGGUAUCUCGAUAG